AUGGCCACCGCAAAGCUCCAGCAACGGGUUGGCAAGCAAGACUAUAACAAAGCGGCAGUCGUCAUCAUCGGAGCGGGAUUUUCAGGCAUCUGUACCGCCAUCGACCUCAUCCGCCACAACAAGUGCCACAAUUUCAUCAUCCUCGAGAAAAGCAGCUACAUUGGGGGGACAUGGGGGGACAACCGAUAUCCUGGAUGUCGGUGUGACGUGCCGAGUAUUCUCUACUCCUAUUCCUUUGAGCCCAACCCUGACUGGUCUCGCCACUACUGUGAGCAGGAAGAGAUAUACGACUACCUCCUGGGAGUGGCGCAGAAAUGGGGCUUGUUCAAAUACAUCCGGUUCAACACGGCCGUGGAAAAGGCCGGCUGGAAUGCGCAGACCCAGCAAUGGGAAGUAGAUGUGCAGGUGACUGGCGGCAAGGACGCCGAAUUUGCCGACCGCUAUACCAUCUCGACCGACUUUCUGGUGUCUGCCGUGGGCCAGCUCAGCGUUCCCAACUACCCCCCAAUCGCCGGACUGGACACGUUCCAGGGCAAGACGAUGCAUUCAGCUCGGUGGGACUGGAACUUUUCACUGCAGGGGAAACGAGUGGCGGUCAUUGGCAACGGAGCAACGGCCAUCCAGAUCAUCCCCGAGGUUGCAAAGUGCUGCAGCAGCGUGACGGUGUUCCAGCGAACGCCGAGCUGGAUUCUGCCUCGACUGGAUGGCGCGAUCCCCGGCUGGAAGCGCAAGGUGUACCGCUACGUGCCGUUUGUGAUGAAAUACCUGCGAUCGGCCUUCAUGCAUUUGCGGGACGCGUACUUCUACGACGCCAUCGUCACGCAGGACUCGCGCGGCAACCGUGCUCUGCGCGAGGAGUGUGUAGAAUUCCUCAAGAAAGAGAUCCCCAACAAUGCCGAGCUACGGGCCAAACUGACUCCCGACUACCCUCCGGGCUGUAAACGGAUUUUGGUGUCGGACGACCUGUACGCGGCGUACAACGAGCCCAACGUGUUUCUCGAGACGAGUCCGAUCGAGCGGGUCACGCGUACGGGCGUGGUGGCGGGAGGGCAGGAACACUCCGUCGACCUGAUUGUACUUGCGACCGGCUUCCGCGCCGUCGAGUUUCUGGCUCCCAUGCACAUCCGCGGGCUGAAGGGACGACCGCUCGACGACAUCUGGGCCUCGGGGCCCCGAGCGUACCUGGGCAUGAUGGUCGAAGACCUUCCGAACUUCGCCAUGCUCUACGGCCCCAACACCAACCUCGGCCACAACUCCAUCAUCCUCAUGCUCGAGGCCGAGUCGCACUACAUCACGAACCUGAUCUCCCAGGUGUGCGCGGCCCGAGCGCACGGCCAAAGCCUCGUCAUCACGCCCAGUCGCGCCGCCAUGGACCGCUUCAACAACGAGGUCCAGCGCGUUCUCUCCACCAGCACCUACGGCCACCCAGACUGCACGAGCUGGUACAAGAAUGAAGCCGGUCUGAUCACCAACAACUGGUCCGGCACCGCCCUGGACUACCGCCAGCGCACGUCGCGCAUCACUUGGUCCGACUUCGACCUCCAGGGCAGCGCGGCCGAGAGAGUUAAGGCGAUGCAGACCACCGUUAUCGGCACUGUGGCCGAUGAGUCGAACAUUGGCACCUGGCGGUUAGGCCACAUCGUGAGCGCCGCUACCGCUCUGGCUGUCAUUGGGGCGAUUGCAUUCCGAGGCUCGGCCAUCCGAAUCUAA